UGGGGCCUUCCACAGCAGUCCCAGAAUCGCAACAGGGUCCAGCACCGUUGAUGCGUCAUCCCGAGGUUCAGGGAGAGAUCAGUCCUCACCCGGCAGUGCAGGACGAGGGUUCUGUCAAGGCACUGCAUCCACUCACGUCUGCCGGAGCGGCAGUCUCAGUUGCAGCGACCUCGGAUGUGGGACAACCACUGGCAGCGGCGGAGCAAGAAAGUAUGCUCCCACCUCGCAGUGUUCAACCGCGGCCACCGCCUGCAUUGAUGGAGGGGAGUCAGGGGACCGUUGUUGUGUGUCAAGGCGACGAUCUCCCGGAACGUGAUAUCUCACACACUCCCGCAGCCGAGCAGAGCGCCGCAGACCUUGUCGGCCUCGCAUGCCCCACCGGCAAUCUUCCGGGUACCGGCGAGUUACUGACCACAGACUCUGCACUCGUUUCUCUACCGGACUUGUCGACGUUGAUAUCCCUAGGUCUACCCCAUGUGUCACCGCCCAAGCCACAACAGCCUGUUGUCAUUGAGCGUGGAUCGGACGGGUUUGACGUSGCAGGAGGCGAUAUUGCCGAUAUGAUUACGAGCCCAAUGGUGUCUGCCACGCCCACAAUUUUUCGUGUUGGCAAACUACGCGAGGUGGCCCUUGGUUUGGCGGAGACGGCGACGCGACACCGUCGCGACAGUCAGCGCAGCAUCGCACAACGCAGUCUUUCUCAUUCGUUUGACGCCGCAGAGGAAGGGUCUCAUGGUGGGCCAUUUGACACACUCGAAAGAGAAGCAAGACCCCCAAGUCCGCUGUCAAACUUAGAGCAUCAUCCGAUUGCCGCGGCUGUCGGCGCAGAUGCGGGCGUCCCCGUCACAAACAGUGGCGCAGACGCGACAGAACAGCUUGUGGUUGGGUCAUCGGCGACAGCACGGCGCRACAGAGCCACUGUUUUGCCGACAGUGGCAUUUUAUGCCAGCGGGAAGAGUACUGGGGGGAUGGAUGAGCAGGGAGUCCGGAAUGUUGGUAGGCCAUCUGCACCGUCUAUGGGGAAACKAUCCAUUGGGAGUGUGGAUGGUGCUCGGCACACCGCCAUGGCCGAGUUUGAGGACCRACACGGGAGUGCUUUGCCGACRAAGACGUCUGAUGUCCAUGCUACGAGAGCCGCAAAGGCGAGUCUUUCUCGGGCAAGGAAGAAGGCCUCGGCAAGGAAGGCGUCACGUUCAUCCUCACAUAUGCGUUCCCUAGAGAGAGGAUCGGGCGUUGUGCAUCUCGAGGACGGAGAGAUUGCACCUGACGGCGACGCAUUGGAUCCUGGGGCAGCACCUCAGCCAAGGCGUUAAAAAAAAAAAAAAAAAAAAAAGGUAGACAAGCAGAAAUGAAGACAACGACACAUG